CUCUUGAGGUCAGGCAGGGGUCCAGCGGGAGGAGGGGGGAAACAAGCCAAGAUCGGGCUUCUUCUUCUUGUGCCAUAUCCGUUAUCGGACGUUGGCGAUCCUGUUUUUAUCAGCAGCCGCAAUUCCUUCGCGGGGCAGCGGGCUGGACUAGAGGAUCUCCGAGACCCCCGCCGCGUCCAGCCACGAAUCCGCAGAGCAACCGGAAGAGCCUGAGGGAGAACCUGACGCCCGAGCCCCAUGACGUCAGAAGCCGCGGGAUUUUCCCAGGCGUGAGUGACGCUCCCGCCAGCCAGUGAGCGGCCGCGGGAGAGGCGGGACAAGAGGAAGACGGACAGGCAGCGAGACACUUCCUGGUGGGUGACGUCAUCUCUGCUGUGUUGGAAGGAGCGGACUCGUCCGGGUCAGCAGCCGCAGUAGCGGAGUAGGUGCGACAGAGCGGGAGCCGGUUUCACUUCCGCGGAUCCCGCCCGCAAGUGGUUGGAGUGGACGCCCUGCCGGCGGUUCUCCUGGCGGACGCUGUGCCCGAAGAGGCGGCGGCCAUGGCCGAGCAGGACCUGCUGGACUUCCUCCUGCAGGAGGAGCUUUUCCUGGGGAGCGAGCCGGAACCGGAGCCGUGGGGCUUCCCGCAGCCGCAGGUCCCGGGCAGGCAGGAGGACGAGCUGGAGGAGCUGCUGCGGUGCCUCUGGAGCCCCUUCGGGGAGGAUUCGGACAGCUCCGCCGACCCCUCCGGCCAGAGCAGCCUCGCCGAGGACCGGAGCCCGUCUCCUGCCAGCAGCCUCCCUGACUCGGGCCGCGUGGAGUCGGAGCACAACUACUCCUUACACCUGAAUGCCACCGCGCCCUCCUGGGCGGCGGGCGAGGGUGACGUGGCCAUAGAUCUGGAGAUGUGGGCAGAUAUGGAAACCGCCGAGGGCCUCAGUCUUCCCACUGCAGCAUUCACAGCGGAGCCCCAGGUAGGAGCAGGCAUGCAGUUGGACUUCCCACCGCUGGUCCUGACGGAUGAAGAGAAGCAGCUCCUGGAGAAGGAGGGUGUCUCGAUUCCCUCCCACCUGCCCCUAACCAAGGCAGAGGAGAGGGUCCUGAAGCGCGUCCGGAGGAAGAUUCGCAACAAGCAGUCAGCCCAGGACAGCCGCCGCAGGAAGAAGGUCUACAUGGACAACCUGGAGAGCAGGGUGCUGGCCUGCACAGCCCAGAACAGUGAGCUCCAGAAGAAGGUGCAGCUGCUGCAGAAGCAGAACACGUCCCUGCUUGAGCAGUUGAGGAAGCUGCAAGCGCUCGUCCAGCACUCGUCCACCAAGACAGCUGCGGCCAGCACCUGCGUCAUGGUGCUGCUCUUCUCCUUCUGCCUGGUCCUCCUGCCCAGCCUCUAUCCUCUGGGUGGCCAGAAGCAACCGCUGGGGCAGCAUGGAGUGUUGUCCCGAAAGCUGCGGGAGUUCUCAAGCGGGGCUUCCCGGACGUUGGCAGGCACCCCCCAGUCAGCAGAAGAGACGAAAACCCUUCCCUCUCCUGGGUCCCCCGGGCUGCUUUUGUCAGAGAAAGCUGUGUCCCCCGAAGGCUUUGCGGCUUCAGAGAGUCUCAACGGGUCUCGAGGGGGCCCACGGAGCGCCCCGGGGGCUGGGCCCCCCUCUGCCAGCAACGGCAGCUCCUCCUUGGACUCACCUUCUCCUGCCUUGGAGGGGCUCCUCCUGGCCCCCAAGCAUCCUCCUCCAGGGAAGGAGGGGGCACUCCCACCCACCUCCGUCGACCAGCAGCCUGGCUGGGCAGAUGGUACCACCAGUGUCAUCCUCCAGCCCCAUCGCACUGAUGAAAUGUGAGGCUUUGGGGCGCUUUGCCAGCAGCAUGAAGAUGCCAAGAUCCAGCAGGGGAUAGUCUGGAUGGGGCAGGGGGCGGGGGGAGCAGGAAAACCAGGGCUGCUGAGCAACAGAGGCUUUGCCCUGCCAGGGCUCCUCCAACCACAACUUCCCUUCACUGACCAUCCCCACGCUCAGAAGGACCAUUGCGGGCCCCAGCAGGAAAUGCUGCUCAGACUCUUUUCCCCCAUCCUAGGCAUCUGCCUUGCUUCUCUGGGGGUUCCCCCACCCUAGCUAGAUUGAGGCAAGGGCAGGGGUUGGCCGAACCCAGAGCGGGACCCUGGGCUGAAGAGGAAGGACCCUGGAAGGUUUGUUUGAGUCCUGCUUUGUGUCAUGUUCUUCUACAGUGCAACAAUAAAUGGCUCAUGAGCAGAGCCCUUCCUCGCCGUAC